GUGUAGUGAACAGCGUUACUUGGGGAGAAAGCUGCUCUACUCACACAACGGAGCUGCUAAAUUUCUUUUUGGGAUCUCAAUGCUGGCGACUGAGGAAGAGCCGAUAUUCGGCUGGAACAGCAAUGGUGGACGAAAUCUCCGCCGGAGAAAGCUUCUCGUUGGAGAAAAAGUAGAGGUAAGAAGUGUGGAGGAAGGGUUUCUGGGUUCUUGGCAUUUAGGAACUGUAAUUGUCUCAAAGAGGCGACGCCGGCGUAGUAUCAGAUAUGAUCACAUCCUCUCUGAUGAUGGCACUGAUUAUCUUGUGGAAACUGUUGAUGUUUCGGAGGUAGCAGAAGGGCUGAGCUCUGAUUGUAUAGACGUCUCUGAUACUCUACGCGGACGGUUACGACCUGUGCCGCCAAAUCUGGAAGUUGAUCGAUUAAACCUUGCGUAUGGGCUCUGCGUCGAUGUGUUUAUCAGUGAGGCUUGGUGGGAAGGUGUGCUUUUCGACCACGAAGUUGGUUCUGAGGAGAGGAGAGUGUUUUUCCCUGAUUUGGGUGAUGAACUGGAUGUUGGCCUUCACUCUUUUCGUAUUACUCAGGAUUGGAAUGAGGUUACAGAGACGUGGGAGUGUCGUGGGAGAUGGGUGUUUCUUGAUUUGAUUGAGAAAUACAGAGAAGAUAACUUUCUCCCUGUGUCGGUGAAGCAACUUUGGUAUGACAUACGAGACAGGGUUGAUUUUGCGAGGAUCCGGGAAUGGACUUGCUCCACUCGGCAUUUAUGGGAAGAUUUGAUGCUGGAGGUAAUUUAUGAUAAUCUUAAAAUCACCAUGAAUCAGUUUCUUAAUGAUUAUGACACCGAAAGAUAUCCACAGCAAGAGUCCGAGCUCUUAAAAGAAAAUUCUCAAGCGCUGAAUGAGACCAAUGCUUGUCCCAGUGGUGUGGUAGUGAUUGCUCCACAAGAACAACAAUUAUCCUGCAUUGACAAAGAUUACAAUCCGGCGAGCCAGAGAUGCCUGUCCUUGUCUGUCUUAACUUCUGUUUCUGGCAUAAGGUCGGAGGAGAGUUACAUUAAUAGGGUAGCAGAAUUUUCUAGCAACAAAUCCUCUGCCGAUCAUAAAAAGAUGAUACUGCCCAAGAGAUUUGGAAGCUGGCAACCUUUUGAUUGUGUUGCUAAAUCAUGCCCACAAGCUGUAUCGAGCUACAUUAGGACAACGUCGCAGAAAGUGGCUCUACAUGUCAAGAUGCAUCUUACGUAUAUGGGAUGGACCAUAGAACAAAUGGUAGAUGAAGCUGGAAGGCAAAGGUUUCGCUACAUCUCACCAGAUGGGAGGCUAACGGAGAAAUCUCUUCGCCAAGUAUGUUUCAUAUUGAAAAAACGUGAUGAAUCCCCGACUCCUCCGAGGAUGGAUAAGCCUCGUUCUCUGCCUUGUGAAAACACCCCGGAGACGAGGAGCAUUGUUUUGGCUUUGCCUGUUUGUAAUAGAAGUGUCGCUCAUGGUGAUGGAAGGAAGCCGUCUGCUGAAACCUUGCCUGAGUGUGAAACGCAAGGAAAAGAGGAGGUCUCUAAGAAAGAAAGCCGCAAUGUCUAUCCCAAUUAUGCCGUCUCGGCUCAUAAAAGAACACUCUGUGUUAGGCUGAAGCCACAAAUCGCAAGGAUGGAAAGUAAGCCUAAACAUAAACCUAACCUUAGAAAUAACUCCAAGAAGAACGAAGUGACUGUAUGUUUGCGAAAUGUCAAUCAGAGCAUGAGAAGGGGGCAAACUUCAAGAAUGUUAAGGAAUAUCAAGAAUCGAGUAGUUGGUCGUGGUAAAAACCGUGUGUCAAGAUCAAGCAACAUUGUGCAGCGAGUUAUAACUCCCAUCUCCAGGCAUCAUAGUCCACGUACUAUUCUUUCCUGGCUCAUCGACAACAAUGUGGUUCUACCAAGGGAGAAUAUACGAUGCCGUAACCAAAAGGAUCACACUGUUGGAAAAGAGGGAAAACUAACUCGUGAGGGUAUAAAAUGCAGUUGUUGCCGUAGAAUUUUCACCAUAAGUGGCUUUGAAGUUCAUGCUGAUGGUGGAUCCUGCAGAGCAGCAGCCAAUAUCUUCCUAGACGAUGGAAGAUCUCUUUUAGAAUGCCAAGUAGAAGCGUACAAAACAAGAAAGAAAACACAACCACCUGAUAUUCUGAAGAUGAAAUUGCGUCAAAGGGAGAACGAUACAGUUUGCUCCGUUUGUCAUUAUGGCGGGAAGCUUAUUCUUUGUGAUGGAUGUCCAGCCGCUUUCCAUGCUGAUUGUCUUGGGCUGGAGGACGUUCCAGAUGGUGACUGGUUCUGCGCGUCAUGUUGUUGUGGUGCCUGUGGACAAUCCGUUCUCAAGGAUACUAGCAAAUAUGCCAAGGAGGAAAAGUUUAUCAGUUGCAAGCAAUGCGAACUUAAAUAUCACCCUAGCUGCGUGCGUUAUGAUGGUGCCGGUGAUUCAUUGGAUACAUUUUUGGGAGAAAAGUGGUUUUGCAGCAAGGACUGUGAAGAGAUAUUUGUAAAUCUCGGUGAGCUUAUUGGAAAGCCGAGAGAGGUGGGUGGGGAGAAGAAUUUAACAUGGAGACUGUUGCAGUCCUUGGAACCAGAUACAGUUGAGACUGACGCUUCUAAAGUUGAGGCAGUGGCGGAAAAUCAUUGCAAGCUCAGUGUUGCUCUUGACGUGUUGCAUGAACUCUUCGAGCCAGUGAAAAGACCUCAUGGUGGGGGAGAUCUUGCUGAAGAUGUUAUUUUUAGCAGAUGGUCCAAAUAUAAACGUUUGAACUUCAGUGGAUUUUACACUGUAACUCUAGAAAAGAACGACGAAUUGGUUUCCGUAGCUACUGUCAGAAUUUUUGGGAAAAAGGUCGCAGAAAUGCCUUUCAUUGGUACUAGAUUCCAGCAUCGCCAGCGCGGGAUGUGCCGUGUUAUGAUGAAUGAACUCGAAAAGGUGCUCAUUGGCUUGGGAGUUGAGAGGCUGGUCCUGCCUGCAGUUCCAUGCGUGCUGAACACAUGGACUAACUCAUUUGGCUUUUCAAAAAUGAAAAUCCCCGAAAAGAAAGACUUUCUGCAAUUUACCUUUUUGGAAUUCGGACGAACACUACUGUGCCAGAAGAUCUUGAUCAACAGCAGCGUGGCAGACCCAAUUCCAAGUACAGUGUCUCUGGGUGAACCAAAAUGUGACAUCAUCAGGAUUGAAGACAAUUCUGCUUCUGAUGAUAGAUCAGAAGUGCAUCAGGCAGAACAGCAACUCGAGGAUUCUAGCUCCACGAAAAAUCCACCAGAGGAAUUAAAAACACAUCAGCAAAGGUUGUUAAAAGAGAACCGUAUUCUAAAGUGUUACACACGAAGAAGGAAAAAAUGUAUGAGGUUAACAUGACGUAGGAACACUUGAGGGUCCAAGGUGAGCAUUUCCACGAAUUUUGUUCAGAAUUUUCGGAAAACAAAGGUUGAGAUUUUACGAUUAAAUGGUAGGUGUAAAUCUUGAGUUGGGUGAGAACAACCCAAAGGUGUCGAAAUGUAUAAAUAAAAUGAAAAUUAAAAGAAACGAAGGAACAAAUGCUUACCUCUCUUCUGACACUUGAUUUCUUCUUAUUGUAUGAAGUUGGAAAAGGGGAAGCAUGUGUAAGUAAGCAAAGUAUUCUUUGCCUUUGUGAUUUAUUUAUCGUGUGGAUGCGUUUAUAAAU